UCUCAAAAAAAGUCUUUGAAGAAUAGAAAUUACUCAUCAAUCAAAACGUAAAAAUGAUUCAGACGAAAAAAACAGAGACGACGGUGUAGAAACGUUCUAGCAAAUAUGUCUUGGGAAGCUUUAGUUAAAGAGCACUUACUGCAACACAAGGUGGUUAGUGGGAUACUUCUAUUGACAAAGCAUGGACAAGAAGCCUUCACUUAUGGGGAGCUUUCAAAUCUUCUUCAGAAUGAAAAGCAGCAGUUUAUAGACUCUUUUAGAGGACUGAAUCCAGCUUCAAAUUACAAUACAUUUCUGUUGACAGUUGGAAAGAGACCAACUCUGCAGUAUAAGAUAUACAAACAGUCAUAUUGCAGUAUUUAUGCAACAUCAGAAAGUGACAGAGAUGGUCUGGCAGUUUGUAAUCUUCCCUAUGGUAUAAUGAUAUGUACAUUUCAUCAGCCAGUACAAUGUUGUAAAGCUGUACAAUGCAUUGAAAAGUUCUGUGAUCUUCUCAGAACAUGAUCAUGUUAAAGUGUAUUUCAAAGGUAUACUGUGUUUAGGAAACGGCUUUAAUUCAGUCCUGAUAACAUUAGUUGACGAAGUAACUGAAGAAGGACAGCAUUCAAUUGUGAUCUCAGAUUUGAUUGGGAAUGACCUUUUCAAUAGACCACUUUACAGGAAACUACAUUCCUGUGCUUUAGAAAGUCAUAUUUAAAACAUUAUGGUGUAGUUGAAGAGGAUUGUGUACUAAAUCAUUCUUGGAAAUAUUUAUUAGCUUGCUGUACAUCAGAUGUAGCAAGAAAAGUGUUACUUUAUAUACUGUAAAUUCAGAAAUUAUUGCGAGGUUGAAAUUAUUGCGAAUGAUGCGGCAGACUUAUAAAAGCAAUAAUUAAAACUCGCAUUGUGCAAUAUUUUAUCUGAAUUAAGCAGGAUUUUCCUAUAAAUUGUAAAAAUUAAAAUGGCAUUUAAGUUUAAAAUGACAAAAUCGCAAUAAUAAAUGCACGCAAUAAUUUCUGAAUUUACAGUAUAUGUUGAAUUAGAUGUGUCAGAUAGCUGCUUUGUAUAUUUUGUAUUCAGUCAAGAUUAAUGGGGUAAAAAAGUUUUGAAAAUAUUGAAUGAAAUGUGUAUUAAUUACUAACAUGCAUCUUAAUAUUUCAUAGGUCAGGAGAUUUAGAAAUUAGGAAUAAAAGUUACAACAUAUAUACGUAGCUGCUAUGAGUUUAUCAGGAAAGAAGAUAAUUAUGGAAUUAUGAUAUUUAUAUAGUACUACAAAUCUGUAUUAUUUUUUGAAUAUGAGAAAGAUUUUAAAUGGGAUAUAUGAAAUGAAUGUUAAUAAAUUGUGACAAAGGUCUAUAAUUCAAAUUUUGGAUGUAACAUGUCUUCUGAUUGGCUGAUAUUGUUUUGUUUAUCAGCUCAUAGACAUAAUUUAGUCAUGUGACCGUGACAUCUUCAAAGUGGUUUUUUUAGUGUUUAUACGGGUUUAAAAUGGAAUAAAGAAAUAAAUAACAAGAAAUAACUUCAGUAUUUUUUCUCUCUUCAAAAUAGCAUAAAAAAUGUAGUGCACACUUUAAAAUAACCCGCUACCCCAGGUUUUUCAGUGUGCACCACAUUUUUGAUGUUAUUCCUUUAUAGUCAGAAAAAAUAUUACAGUUGUUCCUUUUAAAAUAGAAAUUAUUGUUGAUUUACUACUUAAGGAUUAAUUUAUCAAUGCCUUAUGUCAUAUGUUUGUAAUAGUUGAUUAAUCGACAGUAAUACACUAAAUUAUUGUUUAGUUUGUGUACAAGUUUGGACAUGUAUAAAAACAUUCCAGAGUGAAAAUAAAAUAAAACAAAUUGCAGACUGAACCAAUAUUAGUUUGUAAAUUGAAUUAGAGGAU